AUGAUUCGCCGAAGACAGUUUGCGUCGCUGCUCCUAACGCUUGCUGUGGCUGUGCUUUGCAGAUCUCAUCUUGAGUUUGUGACCGUCCCUGAUGGUCCACGUGUCAGGCGGAGACUGCUCCUUAAUGUCGCUUCUUGGGCUCCAGCUGCCCCAAUCUAUGCAAGGGGUCAGGGCUUGGAUUUGAGCUUCCUUGAUCCAAAGGCUCCUCCGGAUGUUUCUGCACCCCCAAAGGAUGCAGAGCUGCUCCCUAGUGGCUUGGCAACCAAAAUGCUCCUGCGGCCCACUUGCGCUUUGUCGAAAUCCAUACCGUUGACGAAUCCAGACUGCGAAAGGCCACAAGCAUAUGACAAGGUGCUAAUUGACUAUACCGGAUGGACACCCAAUGGCAAAAUGAUUGAUAGCAGCAGAAAUGAGAAGCGACUUGUGCGAGUCGACUCGGUCAUGAAAGGAUGGACUGAAGGACUGCAAAUGAUGGCACCUGGUGAAUCUCGACGUUUUUGGAUCCCCCCAGAUCUUGCAUUUGGCAGCAAUGAGACAGCGACCACAAAGCCAACUGGGCCUUUGGUGUUUGACAUAGAGCUAUACUCAAUUCAAAGGCAGCCGAAGCCACCGGCAGAGCUCUCAGCACCACCCAAUGAUGCUGCCGCACCCUCUGGUCUUGGGGUUGCUUGCUGGAUGUGUGGGAAGAUACAAUCAAGAUCGUGCACAUGGAGCUUAAGAUGCUGUUUUUUUGCUGAACCGCGGUAA